AGUACUCCUACUAUUACACUUCGCUCCUGAGAAUUUCGCCAGACCAAAAUGGAUCUCCUCCUCCUGGAGAAGAGCAUUCUAGCCCUCUUUUUCGUGGCGGUUCUAGCCACCGUCCUCUCCAAACUGCAAGGUAAGAGGUUCAAGCUCCCACCAGGACCCACACCCGUACCCGUAUUCGGCAACUGGCUCCAGGUCGGGGAUGACUUGAACCACCGGAACCUCACCGACUUGGCCAAGAAAUUCGGUGACAUACUAUUACUCCGAAUGGGGCAGCGCAAUCUGGUGGUGGUGUCUUCGCCAGAUUCGGCAAAGGAGGUUCUCCACACGCAGGGAGUGGAGUUCGGAUCGAGAACCCGGAACUUGGUGUUUGAUAUCUUCACGGGUAAAGGUCAGGAUAUGGUUUUUACGGUGUACGGGGAACACUGGAGAAAGAUGCGGCGGAUCAUGACGGUGCCAUUUUUCACGUACAAGGUUGUCCAGCAGUAUAGGUACGGGUGGGAGGAAGAGGCUACACGCGUGGUGGAGGAUGUAAAGAAGAAGCCAGAGGCAGCAAGGAGUGGGAUCGUGUUAAGGAAGCGGUUGCAGCUAAUGAUGGACAACAACAUGUACAGGAUCAUGUUUGACAGAAGGUUCGAGAGCGAAGAGGAUCCGUUGUUUGUGAAGCUCAAGGCUUUGAAUGGGGAAAGAAGUAGAUUGGCGCAGAGCUUUGAUUACAAUUAUGGCGAUUUUAUUCCCAUUCUAAGGCCAUUCCUGAGAGGGUACUUGAAGAUCUGUAAAGAGUGGGGAAUCGCUGAGCUGGUGAACCACCCCCACAUCCAGAAGAAGCUCCGGGACGAGCUGGACACCGUUCUGGGUGUGGGCCACCAAAUCACGGAGCCGGACACCUACAAGCUUCCUUACCUUCAGGCCGUAAUCAAGGAGACUCUGAGACUCCGUAUGGCCAUCCCACUGCUGGUGCCACAUAUGAACCUCCACGAUGCAAAGCUGGACGGCUAUGACAUCCCUGCAGAGAGCAAAAUAUUGGUGAACGCCUGGUGGCUUGCCAACAAUCCGGCUCAUUGGAAGAAUCCUCAAGAGUUCAGGCCAGAGAGGUUCUUGGAAGAAGAGUCAAAGGUUGAGGCGAACGGAAAUGACUUCCGCUACCUCCCAUUCGGUGUGGGAAGAAGGAGCUGCCCCGGAAUCAUACUGGCACUUCCCAUCCUAGGUAUCACCAUCGGUCGUCUGGUGCAAAACUUCGAGCUGUUGCCUCCACCGGGACAGGAGAAGCUCGAUACCACUGAGAAGGGAGGACAAUUCAGUUUGCACAUUUUGAAGCAUUCCACCAUUGUUGCAAAGCCAAGUCGAAUAGAUCCUGGAGGCAAACUUGUUAUGGGGUUUCGAAAGGCAACUAAUCCUGACAAACAGGAUGCCCAGGCAUCUCCCCUUCAUAAUGGUGUCCCUUCCGGUGACACCUCACAUUCAAAUGCUAUUGAGAAUUUGCCUGCAGUUAGUGGUUACACUGGUCUCAUCCAAACACCAAAAGGAAGCAAGGAUCCUCACAUAAAUUAUCUGUCUGAACAUUUAAGUUUAGCUGAUGGGAAUAUCAGUUGGGGUAGCAGUGAGAGCCAUGGAAGCAGGCUAAAUGAGAAUUCAAUGCUGCAACCUAUGGUGAAUGUGGAGAAGAAGAGGACUCGAAAUAUUGGGUCCAAAAGCAAGAGGUUGUUAAUGCAUAGUGAAGAUGCUUUGGAGCUAAGACUCACAUGGGAAGAAGCACAGGACUUGCUUCGUCCACCUCUAAGUGUCAAGCCGAGCAUUGUCACUAUUGAGGACCAUGAAUUUGAAGAAUAUGAUGAACCACCCAUAUUUGGAAAGAGGACUUUAUUCACUGCCUGGCAAUCUGGGUAAGGGUUUAAACAAUGUGUUUUACUUCGUUUUUUGUUGCAGCAUCAGAAAGUAACAAUGUUACGAAGGGGUUUGAGUAUUUAUUUGCAGUUUCAUACUGAAUAAUUCUAUGGUAUCCUU